CCGCACGCACUAGUCUACCGGUGACUUUCGUUUGGCACGGAACAGUACACGCGGAAACGGCUUUCGAUCCUGAUUGCGAGCUGGUGAAGUCCGUUUGCUGGAAGCUGAUCCAAUCAAUCUUCCGUCUGCCGCUCACGCCACAGGAUAACUCAAACCGCGUAAUAACAGGAAACGAUGCUAGCGGGUGAUUCAGGCGGUGGUUUAUUGUGUGUCGAAAUUGCUAACAAAUUAUUCCGCUUGGAUGCCUUGUGUUGUUUUUUGAGAGCGUGUUUCUGCAGAUGUGAUUUGAUGAAUUGAAUAUUCGACGAUAGGUAAACAUUUAGGAACCAUUGAGUGAGUGAAUAUAAUUUGUCCCCAUCGCGGCAAGGAGGGCGUUUGAAGAACUUUCAAGAUCUGGAACCAAAAUUUAAUAUGAACGCAACUUAUGGUGAUGGAUUCGAGGAUGGCGAUGCUGUCUGCUGUCAGUGUUGCUACACGUCAUGUGUUGGCCUCUUGGCCUAUUCUUCCGAGUUUCGUCAGUGAAGGUUCUAUUCACCCAACGGCGGUUGAUGAAUUAUGCCAAAGGUUUUUGUCGUCUCCGGUGAAAGUGAACUUUCUUCUACAUCAUUUCUAUCUCCUAUAAUACCAUAAACCAAUAUUAAUACCAGACAAGUGAUAGGAAAAGAGGCUCACCAUGCUAGCCGUACAGUGGACUAUUCUGAUGCUACUGGCAGCGGCCUACUGUGACUCCAACCUGCAACUCAGUGCUAUCCCAGAACCCGUGUGCGGUCAACUCUCGCUAAUGCUGGAUAAUUGCUUCCACAACACAACACCUAAGGUGGCCGUUGAUCUGCUCCACUCGGUCAAGAUCCCGGAAACGGUGGAGGAGAUCAGCAGCCGUUGCAUAGUUUUCAACCGGGGCAUGGACUGCGUCCAGCGCUAUCUAAAUGUAUGCGUUGACUCGAAGGAACGAAAAAUCAUCGAGAAUGAGGUAUACGGUGCCAAAAUGUUGUACGAGUAUCUCUGCCGGGAUAAAAGCUUCCAGCGAGAGUUCCUGAAGCACAAAUCCUGCUUCCACCAUGUGCACGACGACUGGGACUCGUGCUCCAGCAAGUUUGUCAACAUCCUGAAGGAGGAAAUGGCUCGCACAACUCAGCAGUCGUUCAAUGUACAGUACAUGCACUUUUGCUGCGCCCGGUUCGGUUACGAGAACUGUGUCUUCACCAGUGCCAAGUACAAGUGCAAACCGGACUCGGCGGUCUUCCUGAAGAAGAUUGCCAAGCUGCUCUCCACCGACCGCCACUUUCUGAACUGUGAUAAAAUCGAGAAUGAAAUUUGCUCUUCCGGCCGGCGACCGAUACUCGACGCGGUAACCCUCUUCAUUCUUCUGGUGGCACCUGCUUUGAUGAUUCUGCUGUCGCCGUUGGGGCCAAUGCGACUAUUUAAUCUUUUCAUCGAAAUAUGCACAUUAACGUAGUGCCAAAAGUCAUUUCAAUAAAGCUUGUCUAGAGCUAGCUAGAAAGAAAUUUGAUAAUCGAUGCUACAUCGAACAUGAUACAUUUUCACAGAAACGUAACUCAGAAACACAGAAACUCAGAACCAGCUGGAAACGUAAUACAGUAAAGUGAAAAUUUUUCCUUGCGAAACGUGUCAAAUUGCUGUGACAUUGCCGCUCAAGAUCUCACCAUGGAUCAUAGAUGGCGGCAGUAAAAAUUGAAUCAUCACUGGAUAGGCUGAAUGCUCAUUCAAAUGAUAGUUUUCCUAAUAACUAAUAAUAUUAGUGGUAGAUGAAUAAGCAUUUAUUUAUCGUUGUAGAAUAUUUUAUCUUACAAUAUAUCGAACGGUUUGUAGCAUUGUUACUGUGAUUUAGAUUAUUUUAUAUAGAAAGUUUA